AUUUUUAUCAAAUCCAAAAGUAAUCAUACUUAUAAAUUAUAAAACUUAUAACAAUUACUACAAGGUCAUACAAUGUGUGUUAGUCCCCUUGGCUACACUGUUUGUGGUCUUUGUCUAAGAUUUCGAAAAUAACCAACUCACCAGCUGAUUGAAAGAAUGACUUAAGUUUUUUUUUUUUUAAUUUUAGUUCGUAUUGUUUAUCAUUUUUUUGGUGAUAUAAUGCCAGAGUCUUUUUAAGUUUCGAAGAGGGACAUGGAAAUUGACAUUUGUGAUAAUAAUUUUGGGAUGAUUCUUGAAGUCAAUAUCUCUAGUUGUAUGUGGAAGUUCUUUGUUUGACAGGGACUCGUGGAAGAGAACAAAUGAUUUUAAAUGUUUUAGCAUUAACUUGUGAUACCCUUUAAAAAUGGGGAAUUGCCUGAAAGGCUCCUCUGCAGAUGACAUUUCUUUAUUGAGGGGUAGUGAGAGUGCGAAUGAUACUAGUUCAGACAAUCUUGGUCUUCCACCUCCAUACAGGGAAGCCGUCCCAGUAUACUAUCCUUCUCCAAACAUCAGCAGACCUGUAAACCAACUAACAGAAGAGGAACAAAUCAAAAUUGCUAAACGCUUAGGAUUAAUUCAACACCUGCCAACUGGAAGUUAUGAUGGUUGCAAGAAAAACAGAGACGACCUUACAUUCCUCAUCGAGUCGCUGGGUUCUGAAUUCUCUCACCCGCUCUCCGAGGAUAUCCUCAGCCACCUGCUUGAUUACCUUGCAAUAUUUGUCCCAUCUACAGUCUAUAUCACUAGUUUCAUCUAUCUCCACUUCUCGAAGCUUGUUUUCAAUGGCCUUAGCGAAAUCUUCCUGAGUUGUUGA